AUGAGUUGUUUUUUUAACCUAGUCAUUAAUGCAACAGUCAAUUGUACAAUUUACUCAAGUGAACUUGAUAUUAUCAAUUUAAAUCCAUUUUUUGUAUGUCUGAAUCUAUCAUCAAAUCUAACAUCGGUUGAAUAUGAUUCAAAAUUACAACAAAUGGAAAAAAUAAACAUUGUUAACGAUAGGAAUCCAUCAGCCAAUGUAUUCUGUUUAAAAAAUCUACAAUCACUACAUUUGAUCAAUACUAAUCUUUCAUUGUUACCGGAUAUUAUAAAUUUGAAAAAUCUAACGCUUCUACAAAUCGAAUCAGAUAACGCAGUAGUUGGCAAUUAUUUACCAGCUGAAAUUGGACAAUUGACAUUAUUAUUCUCAUUAAUAUUGAUUCAAAUUGACAAUCUAGUAUCUCUGCCAGAUGAAAUUGGGCAAUUGAACCGAUUGCGAUCGUUAAUUUUAGCACAACUUCUCAACCUAAAAGAUAUUCCUAUUAUCAGUAUGAGUAAACUAACUGAACUACGUACAUUGAGCUUUGUUGACGUACCGAAGUUAUCCAGUCUUCCAAGUUCAAUGGAAAAUUUUCAACAACUGAAUACUUUCAUCUUAACAAAUACAAAUCUUUCAAAUUUAGCAUUACAAAACUUACGAGAAUUAACAACAUUGUUAAUAUCGUCGAAUUUGGCCAUGAUUUCAAUUCAAAUAGAUAAUAUGAUAAAGUUAUCUUCAUUGGAAAUUACGAGCAAUGAUGCUUUGGAAACAAUAAAUCUUAAAAAUCUUAUCUCAUUGCGAACUCUCUCGUUCAAUUCGAAUAAACAAUUGACUUCGAUCUCAAUGGAGAAUCUUUCUAUUAUCGAAUCAUUAUCAAUCGACUAUGGUGAAAAUCUGAAAGCAAUCACUUUCAAGAAUUUAUAUUCUCUAAUGGCUUUUAAUUCGACUUCGAAAUAUGCACUUGAAUUUGUUUCAUUCGAAAAUAUACCAUGGCUAACGAUUGUCAAUUUAGGUGGAAAUGUUCAUCUCCAAACAAUUUUGUUUAUCGAUGCGCCUAGAAUGAAACAACUUGAUUUGUCUUCUUGUCAAUUCACCGCAUUUCCUUCCAGUAUUUUGACAUUGACAUUCUUAGAAAUAUUGAGUAUGCAAGGCAAUCAGCUUUCAUUACUGCCGGUCACACUAUCGACAGAUUUACCCAAUUUGAAAGUACUUAAUCUAGCAAACAAUCGAUUCCAAGGGAAUAUCAUUCAACCUCCUCUAGUCUAUAUUCAUGAACUUGAUAUGAGCAGUAAUUCUUUGACAACACUGGAUGGUAUUGGCGAAUACCAAUCAUUGGAAAGAUUUAUAUUAGACAGUAAUCGAAUCGAAUCGAUUCCUCUAGAAAUCAUAAAAAUUUCACCAAUAUUACAAUUUUUGUCAAUCCAAUCCAACGCAUUGAUCAGUAUCCCGUAUUCAAUGACAAAUAUGCGGUCGCUCAACUAUUUCUAUGUCCGGAGUAAUCAGAUUUCCAAUGACGAACAAAGCCACUUGCUGAAAUUAUUUCAACCAACAUCGAUUGAACUAUACGUCUGA